GCAGACUCCAUUUUCUGUUUCGGACCAGAAAGGGGCGGGAGUCAGAAGCAUCAAGAGCAGAAUAAUGGCGGCGCGGCGCUCUGCAACUCCCGCCAAACGGGCAAGCAGUCAAGUGGAAUUGACUGAAGAGCAGAAGCUCGAGAUCCGCGAAGCCUUUGAACUCUUUGAUACCGAUGGCUCGGGCACCAUCGAUGCCAAAGAAUUAAAGGUGGCCAUGCGGGCGCUAGGAUUCGAGCCGAAGAAGGAGGAAAUCAAAAAAAUGAUCCAGGACGUUGACAAGGAUGGCUCAGGUAGCAUCGACUACAACGAGUUUCUGAUCAUGAUGACUCAAAAGAUGAGUGAAAAGGAUACCAAGGAGGAAAUCAUCAAGGCUUUCAAGCUGUUUGAUGACGAUGGCACGGGCAAGAUUAGUUUUACCAACCUCAAGCGCGUUGCCCAGGAACUGGGCGAGUCUCUCUCAGACGAGGAGCUGCAGGAGAUGAUCGAGGAGGCCGACCGCGAUGGCGACGGUGAAAUUAAUCAGGACGAAUUCCUUCGCAUUAUGAAGAAAACCAAUCUCUACUAACAUCAGCGCCAGGUGCUAUCAUCCUCUCGUCAUAUCAUUUUUCUGCCCUGCCCUGGUUCUCAGGCAGGUCGGUAUGUCUUUAUCAAUCCUGCUCAAGCAGCAGCCGAGGCCAUGCCUCUUAAGGGUGCGCUGACGCCCGUCACCGUCAAUGUUUGCUGUAUUUCUUGUUCCUCAUCUCUGUGCACCGGUCUGAA